GCCCUCAGUUAUAGUGAAACCUGCGCUCCAAAUGAUUUUACAUUCAGUGCAGUAAAUUAAAAUCUAACGUUUUUUAUUGAUUAGUGCAAUAAGUUCUCUAUAAGAUUACUUACGUUUCUAUAAAAUCUUUCAUUGUCCCUGUUUUUCAAAGAAAGUCUGAAAAAUUGUUCGUGAAAGUUCCAGUAAAUUCGACAAAAUCGUUGCAGGCAGACAGUGUGGAAUGAAUGUUAAAACGUGUUUCAUUAAAACUUGUGCCAACGUUUCAAAUUAAUAAAGUGAAACGUAUGAUGAGUGAUUCGAAUGAUGAAGUUCACAUGACAACGCCCGAACUCAUAACCAGACAUGGUUACACAGCUGAAACACAUCACGUUUGGUCAGAGGAUGGUUACCGUUUGGAAUUACACCGAGUGCUCUGUCGAACACAGGACAAAGAGAAAAUUCACAGUACUCAAGAAUUCACAGACUCUAAUUGUAAUCUAGAAGCCGAUAAAUUAUCACAGGAAGUAUUAAACUCAAAAAACAGAAUCUCCAAGCAACCGAUUUUAAUCAAUCACGGUCUUUUGUCAUCUUCGGCCGACUGGGUUCUUCUUGGCCCACAAAAAGCUCUCGCGUAUAUACUGUGCGACAAUGGUUACGACGUUUGGUUAGCUAAUGUACGAGGCAAUACUUAUUCUCAAUGUCACAAGGAAUUGACUGUAAAGGAUAGAGAAUUUUGGGAUUUUAGCUUCCACGAUAUAGCGAUCUACGACGUGCCGGCAAUGAUCGAUUACGUUUUGGAAAGAACGGGUCAUUUAAAUUUGUACUACAUAGGCUAUAGUCAAGGAACAACGUCGUUCUUUGCAAUGUUGAGCGAGAAACCCGAGUACAAUGCAAAAGUGAGAUCAAUGAUAAGUCUCGCUCCAAUCGCCUUCAUGUCGAAUCAAAAGAGUCCUUUAAUCAAGCUUCUCGUGCGAUUCUACAAUGUUAUGGAAUGGGGCUCAUUUUAUUGCAACAUACAUCAAUGGUUUCCUCGAAAUCGUUUCUCGGCGCGUGCUCUGGGAACGUUUGUGCGUAACAGUCCCGAUACAUUGACAAGAAGUUUUUGCAAUUGCUGGUUUUACUUGAUCGCCGGGUUUGGCAGCAAUCAGCUUGAUAAGAAAAUGCUACCACUUAUUUUUGGCCAUUUUCCAGCAGGGGCAUCAGCGAAACAAAUUAUUCAUUACAGUCAACUUAUUUUAUGUGAAACAUUCAGAAAGUUUGACUAUGGACUUUCGAAGAAUUUACUUGUCUACGGAAGUACUCAACCACCAAAGUACAACUUAGAGCGAGUUAAAGUUCCGGUUUACAUCUUUUAUAGCGAAAAUGAUUUCCUCACACAUCCGGUGGAUGUUCAGCGCCUCGCCGAGAAACUUCCGAAUGUUGUCAAAAAACACAAAAUAGAGUAUAACAAAUUUAAUCAUAUUGAUUAUCUCUGGGGAAAGGAUUCAAAAGUUCUUCUCUACAAUUAUAUUCUAAAAGCGUUAAAAGAAUCAUAAAUGCUUUCAAAAAGUUGUAAUUUGAAAAGAAAUCUCACAAAAUUAUGUAUAAAGUGAUAUGUACUUUUAAAUAUGUGAAAAAUUAUUUUUUAGAAAAGUUUAAAUAGGCAGGUUUGUCAACUUCCUAUUGCAAAAAAAAGAAAAAAAAAUUGUAAAAAAUACUUGUUAAUAUACCUAGAAUGUAAAAAUUUUUUUAUAAACAAAAAUUAAUUAAAAGAAAUUAUUUUUUAAAAUUUAUUAACAAAUGUUUAAAUAAAUAUUUUAUUCAAAAGGCAUCUAAUUUAACAAAAAGACUAUAAUGUGGAAAUUAAAAUAUAAUAUUGUGAAUAUUGAACGAAUGAAUGUGUAUUUUUGUAAAAUAAAUAGUUACGGAAAUUAGAAUGAAAGAAUUUUUUUUAGA